AUGUUCUUGACAGAACCUAAAUUUAACAACAUUCCAGAAAUUCGUAAGUUGAUCGGAAUUGUCCAAGGUUACGAGUUGAAGUAUCGUCCAGAAUCUCCAUUGACUUAAAAAGCAAUGGAAAGUUUGGGAUAAGAUCGUCAUCACUUUAGAAGAAAGUUUCACAUAGCACUUUAAUGAG